AUGGCGCCGGGUAAAAACAAGAAGAUAAGACAUGCUUCCCAGCUUCCUCAGCACACUUCAGGUCCCACUAGCUCGUCUGUGCCAUUUAUGAGUCAUCCUCCUCCUCCUCCGCCUCUCAGCAGACUUCACUGCCACCCGACUUCUUCACUUUGCCCCUUUAAUGGCGGUCCCGCAUCUGUGGCUCCAUCUUCAUCUCCAUCAUCAUCCACUCCUAGUGUUUCUAGGCCGCAUGUUGGAGGCUCUACCAUACAGUCAUCCCCAUCCAUUGAUACAUCUACACCUGCUCCUGAUGAUACACAGACUCAAACUUUUGAAGAGGUUGUAUCAUAUGAUGAUCUUCAUAGACUGAUUAUCAUUCCUGAUGGGACUACUGAGUUUGUUCCCUCCAAUGAAUCUAAGGAGGUGGUUGUGGAUUGUGUUAAAGCAUUUUACCGAGAUGCUUGGAGUAAAUGGUCAGAUAUACCGUAUAUUUACAGAGAUCAGAUGUGGAAUCAAUUUAGGACAAGGUGUGCAUGGCAUCCCAAAUACUAUCAGCAAAUAAGUCAUAAUUUCGAGAAAAAAGGUGUUGAUAGGCUUAAGAAUCUCCUCUAUAAAGCUCUGUUUGAUGGAAAGAUGCCCGGUUGGAUACUAAAAGACGUAUGGGAAAAACUUAAUGUGAUAUGGGCUUCUCCAGAAUUUAAGAAGAGGAGCAGUGCCGGAAAGGCUUCCCGAGCCUCCAAUAUGGGUGGCUCAUUGCACACUUGGGGUUCAGUUAGUAUGGAGACCUAUCGAAGGAGAAUUAAUUUCAUGGUUUAUCCUAUCAGAAUUAUUUUAAAGGAAGAUCUUCAUAAGAAAAAGGAAAAAGGGAGACUUGUGACUUAUGCUGAGGUCUUUGAGGACAAACAUAUGAAAAAGAAAAAGGAUGGUACAAGAGAAUGGGUCGAUCCGCGUGCUUCUACAACAUAUUCUUUGAUGGUGAAAAUUACCAACUGUGGGCAGUGAGAAUGGAGACUUACUUGGAGGCUUUAGAUCUUUGGGAGGCCGUGGAAGAGGAUUAUGAUGUUCUUCCGCUGCCUAACAAUCCCACAGUGGCCCAGAUCAAGAGUCACAAGGAAAAGAAAAUCAGGAAAUCAAAGGCGAAAGCAACUUUGUUUGCUGGUGUGUCUGCAACAAUUUUCACGAGAGUUAUGGCUCUCAAAUCAGCAAAAGAAAUCUGGGAUUAUCUGAAGGGAGAAUAUACAGGAGAUGAAAGAAUACGAGGAAUGAAGGUGUUGAAUUUAAUAAGGGAAUUCGAGUUGUAGAAAGUGAAGGAAUCUGAGACUGUCAAAGAAUACUCAGAUCGGUUGCUUGGCAUUGUUAACAAGGCACAAGAGCAAAGGAGGCUUAUGAGGCAAGAUGGUAUGGUUGAAGGAGCCCUGGCAGCCAACCACAAAACUCAAAGCAAGGGUAAUAAUGUUAAAAAAAAUUACCCGCCUUGUCAGCACUGUAAUUUGCAAAGGCAAAUAUCAAAAGCAUGAAGCAGAUGCCCAAGUCGCCAAUGAAGAAGAAGAAGAUCACUUGUUUGUGGCAACUAUUCUUUCAACCAAAAAAUCUGAUUUUUGGUUGAUUGACAGUGGUUGUACAAACCACAUGACAUAUGACAGAAAUCUUUUCAAAGAGUUCACGUCUAUAGGAAAUAAGAAAGUCAGAACUGGAAAUGGUGAUUAUAUUCUUGCUAAAGGAAAAGGAACUGUUGCAAUCCCAACAAAUUCAAGUACCAAGAAAAUUUCAGAUGUUCUUUAUGUUCCUAAUAUUGAUCAAAAUUUAUUAAGUGUUGGACAACUAAUGGAAAAAGGAUUUAAGUAUCCUUUGAAGAUAAAUAUUGUUUCAUUUAUGAUGCAACUGGACUUGAGAUUUUAAGGGUUAAAAUGAGAGGUAAAAAUUUCUCAUUUGAUCCAACCGAAGAUGAAGAAUGGAGCCAAAAGAAUCUACUAAGUGCAGGUAAUUCUCCAACUGAGGACAUAUGUGAAAAUAAGGUAAGGAAGAAGUUGUCAAUAUUUCAGAAAAUGCAAUUUUGGAAGAAAGUUGACAAGUCUCAAGGCAAGAUGCAAAUGAAGCUGAAAAACGAGCCAACUUAUUUCAUUAACAAUCAUGAGAUGCAGCAAAAUACAGAAGUGAACUCGAUUCACUGUAAGUCCAAAGAUCAGUUGGCAGAUUUACGUACAAAGUCGCUUCAAGUUAAAGGUUUACAAGGGACAAAUUCAGAAUUUGCAGCUUCAAAAGCAAGGAGGAGUGUUAGAAAUAUGCUUUAGAAGCUGCUCUCAGUAAAAUUAUUUUACUGUUUCAGUUAUUUACUGCAGUAAUGUAGUUUGAAUUUGAAAUAAUUUUGAACUAGUCUUUAGGAGUGAACUAGUCUCUAGGAGUUAGUUAUUUUCAACAUAUUUUGUGCUGAUUUUUAGGUCUUUUAAGUUAGUAUUUCUGUUAUAAAUUGUAGUCCAAAUGCAGUAAAAUAAUAUAGUAUUUUCAGCUUCAGUUCCUU